AGGAAUUAGUGGACUUGCUAUUUGCUUAGAAGCACAUCUAAAAUAGUCCUUUACUCGAUAUUCCUGGAGUACUGUUGCCGUGCUUAAAAGUUGGUCGAAUUCUUUUUAUGGAACAAUUCAGAAAGCCCUCGAAACCAAUUUAUUCUUCUGCUAAGCAAUAAAAGCACCACCACUUCCACAAAGAACGAUAUAGAAACUACUAUCAGAUGGCUCGAAGCCAAAGAGAAGAUGAAGUAGCAAUCAAGCUUGAUGAUAUUAACGGAAGUCCAUGCAGCAGCAACUUUCAGGGAAGAAGUGAGUCUCUACGACGAAGAAAUAAAGAGUUUUGGGACCAAGAAAACCACUUAGGGUACUUGAAUUCAGGUAGAGCAGAGGUUGUAAAGUGCAGUUCAAAUGCUUCAUUUAGGAUACGUUCAUGGAAGUCAGUGAUGAGCAUGACCAAGUCUAGGCUGAUAGACCCGCCAGAGGAACCAUGUCAAAGUUCAGUAAACUCUGGAAGAAUCCCUGAGGAAGUUCAAGAUUAUGAGGAAGAUGAUGAUAUUGAUGACAUCCCGGAAGAAUAUAAGAGAAUGAAAUUCAGCAAACUGACAAUGCUUCAAUCUGUGAGUCUUGUUUUGAUUAUUGUAGCCUUAGCUUGUAGCCUUUGGUUCCCAGUUAUAAAAAGGUGCAUAUUGUGGGAGCUUCCAUUAUGGAAGUGGGAAAUAAUGGUUUUAGCAUUAAUCUGUGGACGUUUAGCGUCGGGUUGGAUUAUUCGAGUGGUUGUGUUCCUUAUAGAACGCAAUUUUCUUUUGCGAAAACGGGUAUUGUAUUUUGUUUAUGGGCUGAAGAAAUCCGUUCAGAAUUGCCUCUGGUUGGGUUUGGCUUUGCUGGUGUGGCAUAGUAUUUUCCAUGACAGGUUUAAAAAGGAGACAGAGAGCAAGAUUUUGCCUUACGUAAAUAGGAUUUUUGUUUGUUUUCUUGUGGGUACCCUAAUAUGGCUCAUGAAUACUCUACUUGCUAAGGUCUUGGCUUCAACCUUCCAUGUAAACACAUUCUUUGAACGAAUCCAGCAGGCUUUGUUUAAACAGUAUGUCAUCAAAUUGCUCUCUAGUUCGCCAUUGUUUAAAAGGCAUGAUACAGAAGAGGAAGUUCUGGCUGAGCUUCAGGAGCUUGAGAAAGCUGGGGUUACUUCGCCUGGUGAGCUUGGAACAACUCUGCCUCCUAGGAGUAGGAAGGUGAUAGGAAUUGGUAGAGAACGAAAAAUUCCAAUGAUUGGGAAGAAUUCUAGAUUUUCGAGGACAAUGUGUAAAAGGGAAGAUGAGGAGAUCUCUGUUGAUCACCUGCAUAAGCUGAAUCAGAAGAAUGUAUCAGCUUGGAAUAUGAAGAGGAUGGUUAAUAUUGUCCAGCAUGGGGAUUUAUCCACUCUGGAUGAGCAGUUACUGAAUUCAAAAAUCCAGGAUGAAGCUUUGUUGCAGAUCAGAAGUGAGUGCCAGGCAAAAGAGGCAGCCAACAGGAUAUUUCAGAACGUGGCAAAGCCAGAGUCGGAAUUCAUUUACCUCGAGGAUGUGAUGCGCUUUAUGAGUGAAGAAGAAGCUUUGAAGACGAUGCAUCUGUUUGGAGUAGCAGCUGAGAAUAAGGGAAUCAGCAAGUCCUUCCAUAUGGACUGGAUGGUUAAAGCCUUUAGAGAGAGAAGGGCACUUGGAUUGUCUCUCACUGAUACAAAAACAGCUGUGGACAAACUCCAUAAUUUUUUGAACAUUAUUGUAGCUAUCAUCAUAUUGAUAAUAUGGCUUAUUAUACUCAAAGUUCCAAUUGCCCGCUUCCUUGUCCUUUUAAGUUCACAACUAGUUUUGGUGGUGUUUAUGUUUGGGAAUACCUGCAGAACAGUAUUUGAAGCAAUCAUCUUCUUAUUUGUAAUUCACCCAUUUGAUGUUGGUGAUCGUUGUGAAGUCGACGGAGUCAUGAUGGUAGUUGACGAGAUGAACAUACUAACUACAGUUUUUCUGAGAUAUGAUAACCAAAAGAUCAUAUACCCUAAUAGUAUUCUAGCUACAAAGCCCAUUGGUAACUAUCAACGUAGUCCAGACAUGGGAGAUGCAAUUGAUUUCUGUAUUAACAUCUCCACUCCAAUGGAAAAGAUCACCAGCAUGAAAUUAAGAAUAACAGGGUAUAUUGAAGGCAUGAAUGAGCACUGGCAGCCGGGUCCAAUAGUGAUAAUGAGGGACGUGAUAGACAUGAACAAGCUGAUGAUGUCAGUGUGGCUUGCACACAGAUUGAACUAUCAGGACAUAGGGGAGAGAUUUCUUAGGAGAGAGGCAUUGCUUGAAGAGAUGAUCAAAAUUUUCAGGGAGCUCGAUAUUGAAUACGGCCUGCUGCCUGUUAACGUGAAUGUCCAAAACUUGCCACCUCCAGUAUCAAACAGGCUUCCUUCAACUUGGAAAACCUAUGCUAGCUGAUUAUGCAGGUCAUAUAUAGUGAAGCCAACUUUUAGAAUGAGGACUGACACCUAGCGCCAAUUCCUUUUCGGCUUGUGAAGGAAUUGGCAAGGGUUUCCCAUAAGAAUUGUUGGAUCUGGAAAUGAUUUAUGGUGACUCAAGAAAAACUCUUACCUCCCUGAUAAAACAAAAAUGAGAUUCAUUACAAGUUUGUUGCAUUGUCAUAUCUAUCUAUAUAAUAUCUAAAAAUUAAAGCAUUGCAUUUAUAGGUGCUAUGCUUUUAUUGAGGCACAUCAAUGUAGUA